CAGUGGCCCUCAGCACCCAUCCAGCACAACACCACCCUUCCCAAUUUCUUUGCCUCUUCCCCACUGUGACUGUCCUCCUUCCCACUGCGACUGUCCUCUUUCCAUCUGUGACUGUCCUCCUCCCCCAUCUGUGACUGUCCUCCUCGCCUAUCUGUGACUGUCCUCCUUCCCACUGUGACUGUCCUCCUCAUCUUUGACUGUCCUCCUCGCCUAUCUGUGACUGUCCUCCUUCCCACUGUGACUGUCCUCCUCAUCUUUGACUGUCCUCCUCCUCUAUCUGUGACUGUCCUUCUCCCCAUCUGUGACUGUCCUCCUCUUCCACUCUUACCUAAAGUCACUAUUCUGCUGCUGGCUGGUUCCCCACCUCAUUCAAACAGUCUUAUCAGAUUGAUUCAACUUCUAGUUUGUCUGGACGCCAAGUAAUUAUCCAUUACUCUCGUGGUCUCCGUCACAGCUUUACCUUCUAUCAAAGUAUAACACUCAACGAUGCUGUUCCAAACAUUACUCAACCUGAUUUUGGUUGUGGUGGUGAAGCUGCCUCCUCCCUCCGCCUCUUACAGAGUGGAAAACCUUCUGAUUGACUUCGACUGUGGCCACCUGGCGGACACAAUGGACAGUAUUUGCCGCACCUACCAGGAAUUUAACGACACCCGAGCGGUGAGGUCGGCCAGAGAUGCAUCAUUUUCUGCCAGUGUCUCCAUGUAUGACCCCGGGAGUAAGAUUGCUGUUCGUCAAGUAUACCAUCCAAGAGGCAGGAAGUUGGGUGUCAAGUUUACUGUCCCUGAUGCCAGGUUGGGUAAGCAGGAGGCGAUGACAGUGAGUCGCGAGGCCGCCCAUACGUUUAUAAAGACCCAGAACUACAACCGUCGCCGCCGUAACUCAGAUACGACAGACAAUACAAGCAGCACUAACGUUUAUGAUGAGUGUUGCAGCGAGAAAACAUUGAAGACCUGCGUCUUCGAUGAGAUUGCCCAGUACUGUGAACAGUUGGAGGACGGAAUCUACGUCAGUUCUUGAGGUGGGUGAGCUGGAGGUAGUGACGGUGGCCUCUUUAACUCCCCUACCAUUAUCAAGACACUGACCCGUCACUGCCGAUGUUAUAUUAUCAAGACACUGACCCGUCACUGCCGAUGUUACAUUGUACUCAGCAGAAACGAGCCUAUUGACCACAUUUAUAUUCUAUAAUUCUUAAUCAAAUGUUUGUUUCUUAUUAUCUUAUGUUGGUGCAUUAAUUUCUGCCUUGUUUGAAUCUGUGACGACUUGUUUGGUUAAGCACUUUCUGUAUUAGUCCAAAUUUGUUCUUUUUUUAUCAUGGCUUUCCAGCGCCUUCCAUUAAAUAAAUUCGUAUUGAUUAUUCUGUCUUUUACUUUUGAAAUAAAUUGUUUAGUUUUAUGUUAAAAAUGUUGCACAACUCUUCAGCUAUUGAAGGUUUGUUUAUAUCCGAGUGAGCGCGUCUCUGAAUGUUCAUAAAUAUUAUGGAAUUGCUGCAGCAUAAACUACAACUGUAAAAUAAGUUAGAGAAAUCCUAUGUCCUGUCGUAUUAAGUAAAUGUGCAAAUCUCUUAUCU